GAGACGUUGAACAUCGUCUCCAGAGAAACUCCCGGCGAGAAUCAUCCGGAAGAAUCCAACACAAUCCCAAUCAAUGGAGAAAUCGGCCCAACGCGACUCUCCAGAGAUGCAUGACUUCCGAAGUGGCGGAAAUAGCGUUAUAUUGCGUGGUGGAAUUUUGUGGUGAGGAGAAUGCGAAGGGGCAAAAAAAUGGUCGAGAUUGUCCACAGACAGUGGAUUGACCGGGACAAACAUGACACCAAAAAGGGAGUUUGUUAUUUUCCACCAGCCCACGAUUAUAGAAAAGUGGAGAAAUGGCUGAAGAAUGAAACGAAGCGGAAAUCGUCAUGGGAGCCAUUCGAUGUGGAGAUUUUGUAUUCUGCAGGUGAUUUAGAAAGUGCUCGUAGAAGGCUUCAGCGAUUGUACAAAAAACGAUCGGAUAUUGAGUCCCCCAACUCGGACUCUGAUGGAAUCCAAGAGCCCCAUAUCUCCAAGAAGUGUGCUGCAUUAAUGCUGAAUUUGUCAACUCCUUUACAGUCAGUACCUGAGGUGAAUGAGGAGAGUACUUGUGAUGUAGCACACUCAUCACCCUCUACAAGUGUAGAAAUUGUAACCACGGAGAAAUCAUUUCGGAGUCUUCCUUCAAAAGUUAUGAAUAACGCUCAAACCAGAAGAGAGAAAAAGACUGAACUGCAGAAUCGGCUUCAAACUCUACGAGAGCAGGGAAAUGAAGAUUUUUCAAUGGGACGUUUAAUGGACUAUUUGGAUACCAAAUUUGAAAUAAUGACGUUCACAAUCCAAGAUGAAAUUCAGAAUACUAGAAGAGCUCAACAGUAUGACCUGGGAAAGCGGCUGGAUGAAUUGAAAGGCUCAAUUUCAAUUCAAACAUCGAACCACGACGUAGGUCCUUCAGCGAAAUCUUCAUUGGGAGUGGAAUUGCCAAUAUCAUCACUGGAGGAAUUCUUAACAUUUGAGAAAAUGUUGGAUCCCAAGGCUGAUAAAAAUCUUGGAAAUCCUGCUGCUGCACUUGAGAAACAGGAACUUUUGAAAAGGGUUAUGAAGACGUUUGCCCGGGGAACCAAAGAAUGUGACAAAAGUGUCAAUGCAAUCAUGCAAGAGCUGUUCAAGAAAGCUGUGCAACAGCACUACUCUGGGUUUGGUAGUCGAGUAAAUGGAGUUGCUAAAAAAACUUCAGUGCCACGUUCUCAUUUGCAUGCAUGAAAGAAGUUAUUGAGGAAAAAUAUGACGGUGAGCCUGGAAAAUUGAAAAUUUCAUCGGCAGCAAGCUCGUUAUUGGCACUCUGGAAGGAUCGUGAAGGUAGUGCUGCAGAACGACAACGAGUGCGCCCAGAGGCAGCCAAUGAAUAACUGGCUUAUUCAUUUUUCAACUCGUUUGUUUUCGUUUGCACAUUUAUUCUAUUUCAAAUUUAUCGUUUUUAUACAAAAUGUUUCUAUCAAAAAUAUGUUGUAUUUGAAACCUUAUAUC